UUGUAAAUAUAUUUAACAAUAUGUAGCGUAGAGAAAUAAGUUUAAACAAAAAGGUCAUGUCCUAGUAAUUCUUCUAAUUUGGUAUCUACAUUACCGCUGGAAGAGACGUCACCUUUACCACCACGCCAGCAAAGUACCAGGUUUAAAAGGUUGGCCCGUGGUUGGUAACCUCUUCGACUUUACAGGCGAUGCUAACGAAAUUUAUGACAAAGCUUCAGCACACUUUGAUUCGUGCACGCACAUUACAAAAGCAUGGGUUGGGCCAAUUCUUGUCUACUGUAUUGUCAAAUCUGAGUAUUUAGAAAAAGUACUUACAAGUCCAAACACCAAUUGCAAAAUACACCUGUACAAAAAAUUGGUCGUGAUUUCGUGGGAAAUGGACUUUUGACAGCUCCAAUGUCUGUAUGGAAACGCCACCGCAAAAUGAUAAACCCGAUUUUCAAUCGAAAAAACCUUGACCACUUUGUUGAAGUGUUUGCAAAACAGUCUACCGCUUUGGGUGAAUAUUUAGAAAAGUACGUCGGCAUGCACGACGUGAAUUUAUUUCAGAUAGUUAAGAGAUGCAAUCUGGAUAUCACUUGUGAAACCAUGUUGGGUGUUCAGACCAAUGCACAAGAAGGAGAAUCAGAAGUGGCAAAAUGGAUAGAUAAGUUUUCGGAAAUUAUGCUCUAUCGACUUUAUAAAUUUUGGUACCACUACGAUUUCAUUUUCAAGUGGACGACGUUAUAUAACGAAGGCGAGGAAUUUAUAAACAAGUACAACCUCUUUAUAAAAGACAUUAUUAAAAACAAGGACAAAAGUGUCACAUCUGAGUCCCCAACUCUGCUCGAUUUUUUGCUGGAUUUGUUUGCUAAUCGAAGCGAACUGACAACAGACGAGAUUGUAGAUGAAAUAAAAACUUUCGUACUUGCUGGCUUCGAUACCACGACCGUUAUGUCUUGUUUUGUUAUUACCAUGUUGGCGAUGCAUCCGGACAUUCAAAAACGCGUCUAUGACGAAGUUCUUACCGUUUUGGGUCCUGAAAGAAUGUCGGAUUUUCGGGACUUACCUUGUCUUAAGUACACAGACUUGGUAAUUAAGGAAACCCUGAGACUAUUCCCCGUUCUUCCCUUUAUAGCAAGAGAAGUCCUUGAAGACUUAUGUCUCGAUGAGGUUAUAACGCUUCCAAAAGGUUCGCUGCUACUACUGGGAGUAAUCCAAGUUCAUAGAAGUGCUGAAUAUUGGUCGGAUCCUCUCAAAUUCGACCUGGAUAGGUUUUUACCAGAGACAGCCACCAACAGGCAUCCUUUUACCUAUAUACCGUUUUCUGCAGGACCUAUGAAUUGCAUCGGUCAGAAGUACGGAAAAAUGGCAUUCAAAACCAUCGUAGCCAUUCUUGUCAGAAAAUUUCAAUUUCGUACUGAAUACAAAACGGUCGACGAAAUCAAGUUGACCAAUAAAGUCAUUGUGAGACCACGUGAUGGUUUCAAAUGUUCUUUUGAGAUGAGGAAAAAAGAAUAAGAAGAAACUGUCACUAUAUCUAUGCCAGUAGACGGGAAAUUUAGAAAUUGGUCUUUGUUGAUUGGAUUCAGCGGCGUGGUUGAUUCUAGGGUUAGUUUUUGUGGUACGAUUAUGUUUUCAAAAAUUGCUGUAUUAUUGCUGAAAUAAAGGCUUUACGCUUAGAUCUUGGAAA